AUGUUCAAAAGACCAGGAAAAAAUCUGCCAUUUUAUUCGAGAUCAGAAUUGGGUUCAUCGUGUGUUGUUAGAGAUGAUCGUCAUCAUCGGAUGAGAAAUGAUCGGCAUCACCAUCAAAUUAUUUCUCUUUGUAUUAGUAAUUAUGAAGAUGAGACGAAACGAAUAAUUUCCAACAUGAGGAAUACAAUUUACAAAUUAUUAGCCUUGGAAUAUCAGAAUAUAUUAUUGACUAUUGAUGGGAUGGUACUUGUUAAAGAUAGGAAUUCUGAUGCAAUGUUUAGAAUAGUUUGUGGAAAUAAUGUAGAGGAGGAAGUUGUUGAUUUGUUUGCUUCAGAGGUGAAUGUGUAUCUGCUGACCAGAUCUGGAAAAUGUUUCGGCGUUUCGAAUUAUAAUAGUUGGGGUCAAACUGGAACAAACCACAGAAAUUCACAUGAGUUUAAUGCGCCAAUCAUUCAUGCCGAGGAAGUGUGGUGUGAAAAUCCAGAAACUAGAUUUAUAUCAGUACAUUCAGGAUAUGGUCAUACAUACUUUAUUUCAACGAACCAGAAAAUAUAUUUCAGUGGAAAUACUCAACUCGGCCAAGCAGCAAAACAAGUGGAGGAUGCCAAUAUUUUAAUUGUUACAGAGAUUAAAUCCUUUUCAGAAAAGAGAGUUAAAUUAAUUGCUUCUGGAUAUGCUUUUGGAUUGGCUGUUUUUGAUGAUAACUCAUUUUAUGGCUGGGGGUCUAAUGAUUGUUGCCAACUUGGUUUUAAACAUACAAACAAGUCAUUUGAAUUUGAUCCGCUACCUAUUAAGCUACCAACACAAGCAGAGGUUAAAGGAUUAUCUGCAGGACAAAAUAUUAGUUUAGUACUUGUGGAGGGUUGUGAAAUUUAUCUUAGUGGAGCAUUAGAACACCUAAAAUUUGAGGAAUUUACAAAACUUGAGCUCAAUGAAUUCUGUAAAAAUCCCUCUGAAAGUUUUCUUGAUGCUUACAUUAUUAGAAAUAAGAUUUACCUACUUGGCACUGACCAUUUUUCUAUUUACUCUGGAUCACAAAUGGAUAAAAUUUCAGUAUCCGAACUAAAACCAUCAGAAUUAGGACUUCCAUCCCAAUCACAAUUAAGCUACAAAGUGGUACCUCAACAAAUGGCAGGCGAGUACCUAUCACUCUUCAUAUUCGAUGUUAAAGAACCUCAGCAUUUUCUAUUCAAAUUCAAUGAGAAGAAUGAUUUUUGUGACGUAAUAAUUCAAGCAUGGAAUCCUUAUUAUGAUGUUUAG